UAGCAAAUGAGGUUUCUUAUUACAAUAAAACUGUUAAAUGAAAACAAUGGGUAAAGUUCUUUUUAUCAGUGGGUAUGCAAAGUGAAUGAAGUCAUGGACAUAGAGCUGGUUACCUCAAGAAGAUGGAUAUAAACAUAGGAAUGGGGACAGCAAGGAAAGAGUUUCAGAAAUUAUGAAGACUGAAGUGGCACUAAGUGAAGAUUGCAAAAAUGAGCACAGGAAGUCAAGGGACAAGAUUUCAUCAGGAAUGGCUGAGUAGGCUUGUAUUUGGAAAAUCCCUGGGAUAAUUACCACGUCAGCCAGGCCUGGUGGUAUGUGCUGGUGACACAGCUACUUAGGAGACUGAAGCAGGAAGGUCACAAGUUCAAGGUCAAUGUGGACAACUUAGCUCUCUGCCUCCUGACUGCCAUGGUACCCUCCCUGUGUUGGAGCUGCUGACUGGAUGGAUCUCUACAAACUGGUAAAGAAAGAAUGGAAAUCUCUGCUCCGUGAUUUUGGAAACUCUGUUUAACUUGCACACUGGCGAUGUCAAGGUUUCCAAGUCCUCCAUCUCCGGCAGAAAUGUCAAAUGGCCCCGUAGCUGAAAGCUGGUCCAAUACACAGAUCAAGGUAGUGAAAUACUCCUACCUGUGGACCAUCAGUAACUUUAGCUUUUGCUUAGAUGAAACUUGUGAAUCCAUUCGAAGUUCAGCCUUUCCACCUGGAGCUAAUGAUGAACUGCAGUGGUGUUUAGGAGUAAACCCAAAAUGGCUCCAUGAAGAAAGCAAAGAUUACCUGUCCUUUUACCUGUUACUGGUCAGCUGUCCAAAGAAUGAAGCUUGGGCAAAAUUUAAGUUCUCCAUUCUGAAUGCCAAGGGAGAGGAAAUCAAAAGUAAGGAGAGUCAACGAGCUUGUAGGUUUGUGCAAAGCAAAGGCUGGGGGCUCAGAAGAUUCAUCCGUAGAGAUUUUCUUUUGAAUGAGGCCAAAAGGCUUUUUCCUGAUGACAAGCUUACCCUCUUCUGCGAGAUGAACGUGCUGCAAGAUUCUGUCAAUAUUUCUGGCCAGAAUACCACGAAUACAGUGAAGGUUCCUGAGUGCCGGCUGGCAGAUGAACUAGCAGGGCUGUGGGAGAGUUCCCGUUUCACAGACUGCUGCUUGUGUGUGGCUGGCCAGGAAUUCCAGGCUCACAAAGCCAUCUUAGCAAUCCGUUCUCCAGUUUUUAACGCCAUGUUUGAACACGAAAUGGAGGAGAGAAGAAAGAAUCGAGUUGAGAUCAGUGAUGUGGAGCCUGAAGUAUUUAAGGAGAUGAUGUGGUUCAUUUACACCGGGAAGGCUCCAAACCUCGACAGAAUGGCACACGAUCUGCUGGCAGCUGCUGACAAGUAUGCCCUGGAGCGCCUGAAGGUCAUGUGUGAGGACUCGCUCUGCAGCAACCUCUCCGUGGAGAAUGCCUCAGAGACUCUCAUCCUGGCUGACCUCCACAGUGCACAUCAGUUGAAGACUCAGGCGCUGGAUUUCAUUAACUAUCAUGUUUCUGACAUCCUGGAGACCUCUGGGUGGAAGUCCCUGAUGGUGUCACACCCUCAUUUGGUGGCUGAAGCCUAUCACUCUCUGGCUGCAGUGAAGUGCCCUUUCCUGGGACCCCCAUGCAAGCGCCUGAAGGUGUCCUAAGAUCCCACCUGUCCCAAGACUCCAUUUAUUUUCCCAAAGUGGCAGUAACUGUUGCUGUCACUGAACGUCGGGUAGACAGGGCAAUCUCGAGCUGUGGAGAAAGACUGCAUCGUGCCCUGGCAGGGAUAGAUGGGACUCCCACGGUAAGGCCAGAAAAAAGACACUGGCCCUUUAGGAUUUAGAAGAGUAACUUCUGCAGUGUCCUGAGAAUGUAACUUAUGGGCAAUCAGCCAUUUUGCUUUUGUAAUACUGUUCACCCUAACUGUUGUAAUAUUGAACCCAAACCCCUGAUGCAGAGGCAGACCAAUCCAUGGGGUGGGGCUGCCCUCAGAGGGAGGGACCACAGCCUCAACCCCAUCAAUACAGGACCCCUGGCCUUCCUUAAUGGUCACCCAGCUCAGUCCUCCAGUGCCUUUGUAAC